AUGUCGGGAGAGAGGGACCUUCGCGAGAGGCUCAGGCCGCCGGGCAGCGGCAGCAGCAAUAGCGACCUCGCUUCAAGCGGCAGAUUCGCGAAUUCCACGCAGCUCCCGUCACCCGGGGACUCCUCUCCGCCUCGCGAUAGGCUCUCCUCCUCCGCGAAUCCCGCCACACUCGCGUCUGACCUCGCGUCCUCCUCCUCCUCCUCCUCCUCCUCCUCCUCCUCCUCCUCCUCCUCCUUCUCAUUUUCCGCCCUCGCGGCGUCGAGUCGUAGCUCGCCGAACCUUUCAACGCCCAGCUUCGACGGCCGAGCCGCGUCCCUCGAACCUACCGCGAACGGCGCCGCGUUUAUCGGCUUCAAAAGCGUCAACGGAGUCAGCGGAAUGAACGGUAUUAAAGGGGAGUACUUGGAAACUACCGAAUUGCCCACGAGCCAAGCUCCUGCUGUGAUUAUAAUGAAUGGCGGGCUCGAGUUGCGCGAUGGGGGGACUCGCGCCGCGGGCCUUGCCGCAGCGCCAACGCCGCCAGCGCUGCGGGAGGCGUCAGCAAUUGCUGUAGCGGCAGUUGCGGCGGCGAAGGCGGUACAGAGACGAGCGCUGGAAUGCGCGAUCGACGCCGUCGAUGCGCUCACCGCCUGGUGCGGCGCAGCGAGCGGCGGAGGAAUUGGCGGAAACGGAGCGGCUGGGGGGAGCGCGGCAGGGCCGCUGAUGCGGCGGGGAGGCGGGGGAGGGGGCGGGGGCGCAAGCGGGUUGUGGGGAGGCGGAGACCCGCUGAAGGGGAGUCGCAAGAUGUGGGUGGCGGGGCUGAUGGUCGUUGCGCUCAUUAGCCUCCUGUCUCGUCUUUUCCCCCCUCGCUUUCCCCCGAUCCCCCCAUUUCCCUCUCCUUCCCCUUCCCCCCCACCCCCCUCGUCCCCUUCCCCCUGUCUGUCUGUGACUCCUCUCGCUCGUACUCGUCCCUCUGCCUCUACCGCAUCUCACCUGCCUCAACCGCAUUCCACCUGUCCCCUCCCGUGGCGCCACCAGAACACGUCACACAUGCGGGACUUCAAGAAAGAUGACGUGGCGCCCUUCGUUACAAGUCUGGCGAGCAGCGAGGCGGCGCUGGCGCAGCAGGUGCGCGCGCAGGCGGGCGCGGUAUCCGAGCUGGCGGAGCGCGCUCAGCAGCAGGUGCAGCUGCUGGGCGCGCUGCUGAAGCGCACGGAGGCGCUCGAGGGCGCGCUGGGGCGCCUGGUGGACGGGCGCGAGCGGGACGUGGUGGCGCGGGCGAUUGGCGCGCUGGGGGACGGGGUAGGGGGAGGGGGAAGGGAAGGGGGAAGGGAAGGGGGAGGGGGAGGGGGAAGGGAAGGGGGAGCGGGGGAAGGGGAAGGUGAAAGGAGGCAAUUGGUGGUGGAGGCGGGGGAGAUAGCGGAGCAAGCGAAGAAGUCUGGGAGGCACGCAAGCCGACAGCAAUCGUUGCCCCACACUCUCCCAGCUGCCUCACACUCUCUCAGCUGCCCCACACUCUCCCAGCGGCCCCACACUCUCCCAGCUGCCCCACACUCUCCCAGCUGCCCCAUUGUAAUCUGUUCCGCAAUCCUCCCCCCACCGCCCAUCUUCCCUCCUCUCUCCUCCUUUCCACCCAUCUCCCGUGUUUCCACCCAUUUUCCGUCCCUCUUUCCCCCUUCGCAUCCUUCUCCCCCAUUUCCCCCAUUUCCCCCAUUUCCCCCAUUUCCCCCAUUCCCCCCCAUUCCCCCCCAUCACCCCCCAUCACCCCCCAUCACCCCCCAUCACCCCCCAUCACCCCCCAUCACCCCCCAUCACCCCCCAUCACCCUCCAUCACCCCCCUCACCUCCCCAGCUGCGUUGCAACGGGCGAUCAUAGAAGGCCUCAAGGCACGCGUGCUGCAGCUACAGCAGGAGGUAGCUGCUGCCCGCGUUGUCCCCGCUAACACUUCUGCCAUACUAACCCCCAUCUUCCCUUCCCCCUAUCUCCCCUCUCUCUCCCCCUGCCCUCCUUUGCCCCCUCCCCAGUUGCGCUUGCAGCGGGCGAUCAUAGAAGGCCUCAAGGCGGGUGUGCAGCAGGUACAGGGGAAGGUCGCUGCCACCCUUGCAGUUGCUACCGCUGCUGCCAUGCCAACCCGCAUCUUCCCCCUAUCUCCCUUCUCUUUCCCCCCCCGCCCCACCCCCCGUUUUGCACCUUCCCCCCAGUUACGGCUGCAGAGGGCGAUCAUUGAAGGCCUCAAGGCGCGCGUGCAGCAGCUACAACAGGAGGUAGCUGCUGCACACACUGACCACGCUGCCCUCGCUGACCACGCUGCCCUCGCUGACCAUGCUGCCCUUGCUGACCACGCUGCCCUCGCUGACCACGCUGACCACGCUGACACUCGUGCCACUGGUACUGCUGUGGCCACCACUACUGCUGACACUGCUGCUGCCACAGGGGGUGCAGGAGGGAGGGCACAGGAGGAGCAGCAGCUGCAGCAGCAACAAGAGCAUCAGGAUCAGCUGCAGCAGGAGCAAGAAGGGAAGGGACAGGGACAGGGGCAGGGGCAGGGGGAAGGGGAAGGGCAAGGGGAGGGGCAGAUGCGGCGGGGUGGUGAGGAGGACGAGUCAAGGCGGCAGCAACAGGAGGAAGAGGGGCAGGGGCAGGGGGGAGGGGGGCAAGAGGGGCAGCAGGAGCAGGAGAGACGGGUGGAGCGGGAGGAGCAGGGAGGGUCGAAGGAGGAUAGAGGCAUGGUUAAAGAGGGGCGGGGUGAAGACUUGGAGCUGAUUGGACGAGACGAAGGUGAGGGGGAGGAGGGAUAUAACACGUAUGUCCACCAUCCUCUCUCUCUCUUCCCCCCACAGCACACCACAACCCCUCACCAGCCUAGUUCCGUCAUUCCCCUCACUUUCUACCUCUUUUUUACCCUUCCCUCCCCUCUCCCCUCCCUCCACCCCUCUCCCCUCCCUCCACCCCUCUCUCACCCCCCUUCUCCCCCCAGUGCGCAUCGCAUGUCCCCAACAGCCUUUGCAGCGGUGGGCGUGGCCCCUCUCUCUGCGCGCCACCUCUCACAGCCCCUCUCCCACUGCGUCUGGCUUCCCCCUGCCGGUUCCCCCCUCGCCCCAGUGAGGGGAGCCGUCUCAACGGUCUUCCCCUCACACCCCCCCGAGUCCCCAAUGGAAACAAUUGUGCUGCGCUGCUCCUUCCCUGCGCCUACUGCGCCUGGGGAGGGGGAGAAGCAAGGGGAAGACGGGAGGGGAGGGGAGGGGCGGCAGCAAGGGGAGGGGGCGCUGCCGUUUGGGGGAAGGGUGGCAGCGGUGAUGGCUGGAGGCAUGACUUUCCUCUCAUACCACCACCUCAUCGGCAUCACCUCCUUCCUCCUCUACAAUGCGGGGGGCGCCACCGACCCCAUACGAGCCGUCAUACAGGCCCAAGCAGGCCAAGGCAGGGCGGAGCUGGUGGAAAUGACAGGGCUGCUGGAGAGAGAGCAGCUGUGGAACCACGGGCAGGUGCCGGCGCUGCAGGAUUGCUUGUACCGCUCGCGCAUGUCUGCGCGCUGGGUGCUGUAUCUGGACUUGGACGACUACCUCUGGCUGCCGCCUGUUACCGAGCCCAGGCCGCUCCCGCCCUUGCACAUACUGUUAGAGACCUACGAUGCUGGUAACUCGGUAACUGCUGGUUCUGCUUUGACUGGCAGAACUGGCGGCGACGGCAGCGGCAGGGGUAGUGGGGUGGUUGCAGCAGCAGGGGAUACGAGCCUCAGUGGUUGGGGCGACGGCAGCAGCAGUAGCAGUACGGGCGGCAGCAGCAGCACAGUGGCCGGCAUAACGUUCGGCUCGUUGUGGUUCUCCAUCCACUUGUGCCGCCCGCGUGCCGACCACGAGAUAGAAGUACUCGGCCUCCCGGACCCCAGCGCACCCGGCAUGGCAGCAGGGGGAGACACCGCGACAGCAGGCGGGGUGGACGCAGGGGGGGGGCGGUUGUGGAGAGGCGGGGUGGUGCGGGAUAAGAAGGUACCCAAGGAGUCGCAGUGGGGGGGGGAGAGGGAGGGCGAGAUGCAGGUGGAGCGGUUCGUGUUCCACUGGCCUGAGCCCGCUUGUCAUGACAAUGAGAAGGACGGGGAGAGGAUUUUUGACCCGUCUCUGUGCCCGGGCGAGCAGGGGCAUCGGAAAUUUAUUGUUGACCCCCGAAGGUCCCCUUUUUCCACCCCUCUCUCGCUUCCCCUCCCUCUGUCCCCUCGCAGGUGGACAGUACGGGUUGACAGCAUGGGGGUAUUCGGCCCAAUUCCUUCACACCCAACCUAUCCCCGCAUGGCGCAUCUCAGCACGAGCGACCUGCAGCUGUUGCACUACAGGGAGCUGGGGUCGGGCACGGCGCAGGGCGUGUGUGACGAGCCCACGCCCCGCUGGCGCACCGUGGGGUGGUGGCACACCGAUGCUUCCUAUGCGCGCUCCAUUGCGGCUCUCAGGCAACGGGCGCAAUGCAACUUCACCAGUGGAGGGGUGAGCUGA